AUGACGAAACCAAAACUAGUUGGUGACGAAACUGAAAUUUUUGGAAAACGACCAUAUAACGUAUGGUGGAUAUUAAGGUUUAAAAUAAUUAAAUUUUUUAAAUUAUCAGUGCAGCUAGUUAAAGUCAAAGUGCAUAACGAUAGUGAAUACAAUAAUAUGGUAGAUAAUUUAGCUAAAGACGCUGUAAGUAAAGAUCCUAUAUAUAUUGAUCCAAGACUUUUAAUGGAAACUCAAUGGAUAGAAGAAUUUUUCAACCUACAUAGAAAUGAGUGUUGGAAUAAUUCUGAGACACUUGCAGAGAUAGAAUGGUCAUGUACGUUUAGAGUGCUCAAAGGUAAUAUGGAAUUAACAAAUUUUUCAGAACAUGAAUUAAACUUAUUUAAAGUCAAAAUUCGGACAGAAGAAUUACCAACACUUGAUAACCUAAUUAAAAGAAAACCACAUGUUUAUAGUUCUAAAUGGAAAUGUCCUAUGUGUUUAAAAGAUGAUAAAACAUAUUCACACUUAUAG